AUGGAGUGGUCUCCCCGGCCCCUCUCUCUCCUGCUGCUGCUUCUCCAGGCCCAGGUGGAGACAGGAAGCCAACGGGAGCUGAUUGGGGCCAUUGAGGGGUCAGUCACCCUCCCCCCGGACAUCCUGGCCGGGCAGCGGGUCGAGAGCAUCAUCUGGACUUGCAACGGAACUGUGGCCGCGGUGAUCUCAGUAGGACCUGGAAACCUCUCUCACACCAUCAAAACCUUUCAACGGUACAGGGAACGAGUGAGUGUCCCCACAGAUGGCUACUCCUUGACCAUCAGCGACCUGGACCUGGGGGACACGGGGACCUACAGGGUGGAAAUCUUACCCAGGACCACUUUCAGGACUUCGGAUUACUUCCUACAAGUCUUCUGGCUGUCCCCCUCGACUCACCCUUCUGCUCAUGUCCCCCCUCCACCGCCCACACCCGGCACCUCCUCAGAGCCCCUGCAGGAGCCCACGGUCUCGGCGAGGCCCACGGGGUGUAACAGCGGCUUCUGCAGUGCCUCCCUGACUUGCUCUGUGGCCGGAGAAGGGGCCGGCGUGAUGAUCAGCUGGUUGCCCCUGGGGCUGGGGGCUAUGGGUUCCUCCAAUGGCUCUGUCCUCAACAUCUUCUGGAGGGACAGUUACACGUGCACCGCCAGAAACCCUGUCAGUAACAGCUCCUUCACCUUCCACACUGACUGGCUACACUGUCCAGGGUCCCAGAAAUCAAGACUCACCGGCGUGAUGUGGACACUCCUUCUCAAGGGGCUUCUCCUCCUCGUGCUCCUGGGGGUCCUGGCGACCAGGCUCACCCUGGGGCAGCCCCCUCUGUGA